GAGGCAGCGAUGGCAGCGGGGAGUUGCCUGGCGGACCUCUGCAAUGAGAUGACCUGCCCCAUCUGCCUGGAAUACUUCAAGGAGCCGGUGAUUCUAGACUGCGGGCACAAUUUCUGCCAUGCCUGCCUCACCCAGUGCUGGGGGGAGUCGGGCGCGGGCACUUCCUGCCCGCAGUGCCGAGAAACGGUUCCGCGCAGGAACUUCAAGCCCAACAGGCAUCUCGCAAACGUGGUGGAAAUAGCCCGGAAACUGCAGGAGGGGAAUAGCGCAGAAGGGACGUGGGGUGUGUGCGAGAAGCACCAGGAGGCUUUGAAACUCUUCUGCAACGAUGACCAAGCCCCCAUCUGUGUGGUGUGCGACCGAUCCAAAGAGCACAAGGCUCACGCCGUGGUCCCUGCCGAAGAAGCUGCCCAAGAAUAUAAGGGAAAAAUUAAAAUUCUGCUGAAGUCUCUGGAAAAAAAGAGAGAACAGUUCGUGGAGCUUCAAGAGCUGAGAAGCCAGGGAUGUAUGUUAGAAGAAGACAAGCAGAAGGUCAGGUCCUCCAUUGGAAGGAUGCAUAAGAUUCUUGAGGAAAAAGAGCAUGAAUGGCUGUCCCAGCUGGAAGAGAUGGAGAAGACAAAGGAAGAAAAUAUCAAGCGGCUCUCUGAGGAGAUUUCCCAUCUCAGUCGCUUGAUCACAGAAAUGGAGGGGAAGUGCCAACAGCCAUCACGUGAGUUCCUGCAGGACCUGAAAAGUACCUUGAAUAGGUAUAAGAAAGAACAAGUGGAGAAUGCAGUGGGCCUUUUUACCUGGUUGGAGUGGAGACUCAAAACUUGCUCACAGAAGUGUUCUGCUCUAGGAAAGGCGGUAGAAAAAUGUGCAGAAUCUUUGGAAGAAGCCCUGAAGAAAGAACGUUUGGAGGUUCUGGAUCAAGCAUUAAACAAAGGAUCGCUGAAACGAAUGCUACACAGAGUGGAUGUGAUUCUGGACCCAGACACAGCCCAUCCCCGCCUUCUUGUGUCUCCAGAUCUGAAGAGUGUGAGGUGGAGAAGCAAAAAACAAGACGUUCCUGACAACCCUGAGCGAUUUGAGAACAUGUUCAGUGUACUGGGCCAUGGGAAGUUCUCUUCAGGAAAACAUUGGUGGGAAAUGGAGGUGGAAGUGGAGGAAAUGGAGGAGACGACGAGGGCACUGUGGGCUGUGGGCGUAGCGCCAGAUUCUGUGGUGAGAAAGGGAGGGAAGACAGUCCCUACUCCUGAAGAGGGGUUCUUGGUUGUGGGGAAGCUGUUUGCUGGUUCGUUCUCAUCUGGUCAGCUCAUGGCUUUCACUUCUCCUAACUGGACCGCUUUGACCUUGAAUCGUGAGCCCAGGAAGAUCCGGGUGUCCUUGGACUAUGAAGAGAGCUGUGUAGAAUUUUUUGAUGCUGAUACAGGCGAUUUGAUUUUCAAUUUCCCUUCAGCCUCAUUUUCUGGGGAGGCGAUCCGCCCCUUUUUCUUUUUGGCUGGGGAUAUCAGAAUGAAUGGCUAAAUUCUGAGUAGGAUUCGCAUCACCCCCACUGUUUCCACCAUUCCAAAAGACAGGUUCUCGAGAGCCAGGUGAGAUCUUCAUGGUUUUCAAGAAGAACGUCUGGUUCCUCAGACCGGGUCCAUCAUCUUCCAUCUGUUGAAGAAAUAAUCCAAAUUUUUUUGGGGGAGGUAGAUAUGUUGUCGAAGGAAAGUUAGGUUUUGAAGCUUUCUUCUGUUGAAUAACCAGACCUUAUCCCCCC